UUGUAUUGCUGUAAUGUGUGCAAUGGGGCUAGGAGACGAAUUCCAAAGUGGCAUCUUCGAAUGGCUCAGAAACAGGGGCCUAAUACGUGCGCGGUGGAAGAAGUGCCUGAGCUCAACUGGAAGUUCUACACCGAGUGCAAGUACUGGAUGCAUCGGAACAUCUGCGGAUUUAGAACAACCAUUCGCUACGAGUGCUGCGAAGGAUAUGCUCAGAUAAGAGGCGAGCGUGGCUGUGUUGGAGUGAAACCGCUGGUCACCGCCGUAGAGUUAGCCAGGCAGUUAGGAGCGCGCAAAUUUGUCCAUUAUUUGGAAGACAGCGGACUCCUUAAGGAACUGGAUAAUGUGGUCACGCUGUUUGCGCCAACGGACGACGCCUUUGAAAAGCUCUCGAAGAUUGAAAAGCUCAAGUUUGAGGGAAACCUGGCAGACAACUUAAUGCAGCACGUACUAAGUGGAAGAGUAAAGAUUCAAGAAGCAGAAGGCGACCUGAAAAACAGCGCCGGAGGGUCACUGUACCUCACUAGAUAUUCCAACGGGAUCACAACGGUAAACUGCGUUCCCGUCAUUCGACGAGACCACGAGGCCAAAGACGGCAUUGUCCAUUUAAUUGGCGGUGUGUUAUUCCCUUCAUCACAAAACACCCUUCCAGAACUCCUUCGGGAGGACGGGCGGUUCCGAGAGCUGGCUCGCAUGCUCCUGCAGUCCAGGCCACUACUGGGAACAUUGAGAAGCAAUGGGCCUUUUACCAUUUUGGCACCUUCUGACGAAGCGUUCCAAGAACUGCCUCCAUUAGAGCUUCGCAGGAUAUCGCAAGACAUCAACGUCACACUUGCUGUGGUGCAGAAUCAUAUCGUGCCAAAGCCCCUCUGUAGCCCUGCUGUCACAGACAGGCAACACGUGAAGACUCUGAGUGGCGAAUCCGUAGAAGUUCACUGCAAUGCCUCCGGCGUUUACGUCAACGAUCACAAGUUCACGGGAGAGAUACUGCUUGGAAAAAACGGUCAUCUUUCUGUCAUCACUGGCAUUCUUAUGCCAAAACGUGCGAAAAGCCUGGUGGACUUGAUUUUUGAAAGAUCCGACAUCUUGUCAACGUUUAUGUCACUACUGGAAGACACUGGACUGGCUGCCGCCCUUGCUGAGGGAACCUUCACCAUAUUUGCCCCGUCGAACGCUGCCUUCGAGAAAGCUGCACCCCCAAACACCACGGAGGAACUCGUCCAUCUCUUGCAGCAUCACGUAAUUCAUAACGAACGGAUACGCAGCGACGAUUUUAAGGAUGAUCGGGAACUGCCUACUUGGGAAGGACACGGCACCCUGAGGCUCAAGGUGUACAGAAAGUCUGUUGGUGUGGACGUGGCCAUCAUUACCGAAGCAGACAUCGAGGGCUACAAUGGAAUUAUGCAUGUUAUAGAUGAAGUACUUGUCCCACGGCAAGAAAGCGUCUUGGACCUUCUGCAAAAGGAUGAGCAAUACAGUCUUUUCACAGAAGCACUGAAACGGGCUGCAGGAAUGCAGCUUCUUGGAAACAUUACUACGCACACAAUAUUUGCCCCCACUAACGACGCCUUCCAACGCUACGCUGGUCAUCUAAAUAACACGGAGACUUUACAGAAGAUCCUUCGCAAUCACAUAGUCGACGGCAUAAUAUCAACAGGAUCUUUCAGAUCUCCAACUCUGGCAUAUGACCUGCAGUCAGAGCAAUCACAGACCCUGAGAGUGAGGCACCGUGCUCAUAAUGAUCAUAUCACUGUCAACAGAGCCCAUAUUGUCAAGAAAGACCUUCUUGGAAGAGACGGCAUUGUCCACUGCAUAGAUCAAGUCCUCAUGCCUCCACUGUAGCCCUUGUUGCUCAUGCUUGUUAUAAUUAAAAACUUCAUGUAUCAAAAUGACAAUGUACGUA